GAGAGAGAGAGAGAGUGACAUCUGAUAGCUGUACCUAGAGCUAUAACUAGGAAUUGAAUACGAUGCGUUUACAGCUGCUCGGGCUGUUAUGCCUGGCAUUAGGCGCAGCUCUGGCUGCUGCCUAUAACAACGACAGCAACAACAACAAGAAAAACAACAACGACAACAACAACAACAACAAUGCCAACACACAACAGCAGCCAAUCUACACUUAUCUGACCACAUCGAGCACGUCCAGCCACAGGAAUGAUGCUCCAGCCAUGCAGCCGGCCAUUGUAUACGAGGCGUCUAUGCCAAAGCAGGAGACGCGAACCGUCAGCACGGCGAGCUCGACCACAGCGGAGGUGGCUUCAAAGAAAGUCAUCGGUUCCAGCGAUGCCGCGGUGCCCGCGGUGGCCGUUAUACUCGAUGGCAAUGAGCCGCAAUUUACGGAUGCCUUGGGCCAGAAGGUGCCCAAGCCGCAGCCAUCGCUGCAGGUGGCCAGCCCCAUUGAUCUGCUGAAUCCCGAUCGCUAUGAGUUCUACACGUUCGACGAGCACGGCGAGCUGGUAAAACGUCUGAUGACCAUGCAGGAAAUCCAGAGCAUUGUGGCGAAUGGCGAUGGCGAAGGCCCGUCGAUAAUUCAUGCGGCACCGCAGCAGGGCAGCGAGCCGGAGAAGAAGAUGCAGGACAUUGUGGAUAAGGUGCAGCAUGUGCUCAACAAGCAGGUGGAAAGCAGCUCGUCGAAGAACGGCUCGGUGGAGGUGUUGCCCGUGCUGGAUACACCCGAUGUCUCCUCAUCGUGGUCGCUCAUUUUGCCCGCCAUCUUUGGCAAUACGGGUGGUGACAUCUUCCCGCAGCAGAAGCCACAGCAAAUCGUUAUGACGCCCGAAUCGGAGCUGGUGGAGACCUCAACACGCACCACAAGCACCACAAAGCGUGUGACCAAGAAGCCAAAGCCAUCGAAGCGUAAGCCUGGCACCAGACGCAAGCCCAGCACCACCACCACAGAGAUGACACCGCAGGUGGUGCAGGAGGACUUGGAUCCACUCGAGUCGGUUUACACGGGCAUGCAACAGUACCAGCAGGCGGCUGCCAAUAUGCCCGACUUUGAUAUCGCCCACAUGCAGCCCAUCUACCAGAAGUUGCCCAGCACCACUCGCAAGCCGGAGACAACCACACGGCGGGUUUUCUACAACAAUCAGGAGAUUGUGCACACGCCCACCUCGUCAGGCAGCCCGAACAGCACCACGGAAAAGGUUCAGCAGGUGGCCAAGAAGCCAGGCAAUGUGCAUCGCAAACCCACUCAACCACAUCGUGUGAAGAAACCCAAUGGUGGACAUGGCAGCACUAGCAGCACCACUCACUCCACUGGUGGCAAGCAAAAGAUAAAGAAGAAGACAACUACACCAGCGCCCACCACCGCCGCACCCACCACCGCCGCACCCACCACCGCCGCACCCACUUCAGCACCCACCGGUACCACUGGUGCAACAGAUCCUGAAAAGCCAGCAGCGGCAGCAGCAACAACAACCACUCAACCACCAGUGUCCACCACACAAAAGAAGAAGAAGCGCAAGCCCACCCGCACACCCGGACAUUCCAGCACCACCGGCAGCGGCGCUAAGCCGAACAAGCCCAAGCGUAAGCCAACCACCAAGCCCAAACCACAUCACCCAGCCGCUGAACAGGUAACCGCCACAUCAGCACCACAUUACCAAGCGGUCAGCACACACAAGCCAGCGCGUCCACAUCGUCCACACAAGAAACCCAAGCCCAGCAGCCCCACCACAGAGACGCCACCAACGCCAUCAUCCGGCGCUACUGAUCCAGAAUUAAUGACCGAAUCAUCGGUGAGCACAACGCAUCGGGAUACUAUAGAUACCGCAAGCACAAUUGCAGAAAUCCACGUCAAGCCCAUCCAUAAUGCGCCAGCCGCUGAUUAUUUGGAAAGCUACGGCAAAAUAGCAACAACAACAACAACAGCAGCGCCCACUACCAGCACCACCCAUGCGCCUGUCUAUCCCGUGCCCAGCUACGAUGCCGAAGCCACCGAAAACUUGCCCACAUUCGUUGCCCUGGAGGAGGAUAAGACGCAGCUAAAGAAGACGCCUCUGCCAUUGCCCUCGCUCGCCCUGCUGCAACAGCAGCUGCAGCAGAGUGCCACACCGUCGCCCGCACCACAAUUGUCGCCGGAUCAGAUACUAUCCAUGGACCAAAUCGUGCAGAGCUUGACCCAGGAUCUGCUAGAGGGCGAUAAAAAGGAUGCCAAUGCACCACCGGUUAAAUACGAUAGCGCCGAUAGCAAGGAGCAAAUGGAAACUUUGGCCAACAAAAAGAAAAUACCCGUCACAAGCACCACAACGACAACAACGACAACCAGCAUCACCAGCCAGCCAAAAACAACAACCACCACGACAACAACCACCACAGCUAAGCCGAUAAUACCAUCGCCCAAUCCACUGGCAGCCAACUAUGGCGGCAGCACCUUGGCCACCAUGUUGGAUGAGGAGGACACCAGCACCACUGAGGACCUAAACGACUCCACCGAAACCACCGGCACUAAGCAAACAACACUGAGCAGCAUGGAGGGUGAACAAACGCCGAUUGUGCUGAUAACCGCUAGACCACAGUACUUCACCACCAAUCAGGCCGCACCACAGGUGCAGCCACUGACCACAGUGCAGUCGGACGCCGAGCAGCAGGAGCCCGAGACCACCGAGUUGCCCAGCUACACACAGUUCCUGCAGACCACGCCCAUGGCAGCGGAUGACGAGCUCGAGGCAGAGGCAACCACAAUUCGACCCAUUGAAGAAGUCAAUCAUGUGGUUAAGUUCGAGCCACUCUAUGCCGAUGUGCCCGAGGCUGUGGUCACGGAACUGACGGAGCAACCCACAACGAACGGCUACUAUGAACAGCUCGAUGAUGAGGCAACCACUGAGGCAGCACCACGUCUGCCCGUCACUGAGCGCGUCACCAGCACCACCAAUGCCGUGGAUGAGGACAGCACCGAGGUGACGCCCAUGAUAGCCAAUCUGGUGGAUCAGCUGAAUCUGCAGGUGCUGCAGCCCACCGAUCAGAUUCUGAUGUCCAAUUUCCAGACCCAAGCGGCCACAGUGGCGUCCACCCUGGUGGAUGGCAGCAAUACGCUUGUCGCCGAUGUCUACAUGAACUCGAAUGAGACCAAGGAUGAGCUGCAGUUCCUCAUGUCCGAUGUCAUACAGCAGAUCACUCAGCCUGAGAGCUACAAGCCAGCCAAUGAUGAUGAUGCUCUUGACGAUGAUAAUUCGCAUCGUCUGACCAACUUUGCACAGCUGAACACGUCUUUCCUCUUGCCGCCUAAGCUGGAGGCGAGACCAAAACCAAAACCGAAUCCAGUGGUGGAGCAAAAGAUAACAAGCGCAACGAAAGAGCAGAUGCAGGAAAUCACAACCAUAAUGCCAAGCAAAAACGAGGAGGAAAAGCAGGAGGAGCUCAUCAAACAGGAAGCUGAUUACAUCAAUACGCCCGCACCUGAACCGGAGCAGCUGGAGAGCAGCACAUACAGGGUGCCGGUGUUGUCCUUGUCGCAAAUUUAUGCACAACAGCAGCAGGACGAAGAUGAUGAGCAGCAAAUAUUUGAGCUGGAGCGACUGGAGCAGCUGAAGCCAAGCCAAGCUGCUGACAAACAGGAAGUCAUUGAGCAGGCGACAAAGCUGGAGGAGCAGCAGAAGCAAGAAAUGUUGAAGGAGGAACAGCGAUUGAGGGAGCAGCAACGGUUGAAGGAGGAACAGCGUUUGAAAGAGGAACAACGGCUGAAGGAGGAACAACUGAAGGAGGAACAGCGGUUGAAGGAGGAACAGCGUUUAAAGGAGGAGCAACGGUUGAAGGAGCAACAGCGCUUGAAGGAGGAACAACUGAAGGAGGAACAGCGCUUGAAGGAGGAACAACGGCUGAAGGAGGAACAACGCUUGAAGGAGGAGCAACGCUUGAGGGAAGAGCAAAUAAGGGAGGAGCAACUGCAGGAGGAACGAUUAAAACAAGAGCAACUGAAGCUAGAACAGCUGAAGGAAGAACAGUUGAAGCAAGAGCAGGAGCAGGAGCAGCAGGCACAGUACCAGUACCAGCAACAGCUAGAAACAACAGCAGCGCCAGCUGAUAGCUACGAAGCGACAACCAACGAACAGGUGCAGUCGGAGGAGAGCAAGGAGAGCAACUCAGUUGAAGAGACGACAACAGCCAGCAGCAGCAGCAGCAGCGUGGACGACGACGAGAAGCCAGAUGCGCCAAAACGCGAGAGCGAGGAAGACCAGAUGCCCGAGAUGUUGACAAAUGGUUACAACCAGCAAGUCCAAACGGAAGCCAACGUUGAGCAAAUGGCGGCAACCACAAUGCAGGUGCCAGUAGCCGAGCAGGAGCAGGAGCAGGAGCAGGAGGAGGAGGAGGUGCAGAAACUGGCAGCAACGGUGGCUGGGUCAACAAAUGUUUACCAGGACGCACCAGAGCAAGAACAAACAUCAAGCGAAAAGGAAGCUGAAAAAAGCGAAGAGGAUGCCAAAACAGAAGAGGAGCUGGCCGAACAGCAGCAGGAGGACGAGGAGCAGCUGAAGCAAAGUGUUGAGGAUAGCGUCACUAAUGCGGCACAGCUGCAGCCGCAGUAUACGGCCCAGGCAUCUGAAGAGCAGCAUUAUCAAGAUAACGAGCAGGAGCAGGAGCAGACAACGGCCAGCGUUGAGCUGGUCACGGAAAUACCGGGUGAUAUGUCCGUUGUUUCAUCUGAAUCGGAUAUGUCGCUCAGCUCGGAGCAGGUCACCGAAAAACUAGAGCUAAGCACUGUGCCCACCAUGGAGCUGAACGAGGAGGCACUGGAGGACAUAUCCGAUGAGCUGACAGCAACGCUAACCGAGGAGGAUACAACGAGUGCACAAAAAUAUCAGCUGGACGAUGAGGAUCCCUAUGUCAAGCUGGGCGAGACGACGGCCAGUGUGGUGAGGCCCCAGCAGUCUGGAGAAAAGAAACCAGAGCAGGAGCAGUCUACAGAGAACUCCGAGCAGGAGCAAAACUACAAAGUCACCUUGCCUCUAGCUAGCUAUGGAAAUCAGCAAGCUGAUGAGGAGGACGAAGAAGAUCAAAACGAUUAUCAGCUGCCCAUACUGUUACCCAGCAGCAGCAGCAGCAGCAGCAGCAGUAGUUCGACAACAACCACCACAACGACAACCACACGAGCGCCCACAACGACAACCACCAAGCGACUGCACACACUGAAGCCCGUUUCGUAUUAUGUGCAGCCGUCACUGCUCGGUGGCUACAAUCAAGUGGAGCCACAGCCACCGAAACUGCUCGCCUACAAUGCCAACAGCAACAGCCUGGCACAGCAGCAACAGUUGCUGCCAUCAUCGCACCGACCCAUGCAUCGACCCGCUUCGCUCACAAAUUUAAUGGCUGCAUCCACGCAGGCAACGCGUCCGCCAGUUAAGCUCGAGCCGAGUCCGGAGAGCUCUCAGGGCCUGGAGGCCUCCACUGCCCGUCUCGAUGAGGAUGUCUUGUCCUUUGCACGGCUGUGCAAUGAGCUCGCGUUUAGCUACUGGAAGUCCAUAACCUCGGAAAAGAUAAGCUCAGCCAGAAGUCUGGUCAUCUCGCCAUUUGCGCUGACCUCAAUGCUAUCCAUGGUCUUCCUGGGCGCACGCGGCAGCACCUCGGGCGAAAUGAAUGAAAUACUGAAACUCGACGAUAUGGUCACCUUUAAUCCGCAUUUGAUUUUCCGUAACAUCACCCAGUCGGUGGAGAAGUCCAUGGAGCAAGAUAUAGCGACUGCGGCGUUUGUGCGCGAAAUCUUUAGCGAUCGUGCGAAUGGCAAAAUCCUGCCCUUCUUCAAGGAGAAGACGCAGCAGCUGUACGGCGGACAUGUGGAGGAGGUUAACUUCCAUGUGGUCAACGACAUUGUAAGGCGUCGCACGAAUCUGCUGGUGAAACGUCACACGAUGGGCAAGGUUUUGGAGUAUUUGCGCACGAACAGCGUUUGGGUAAAUGGCCCGUUGGCCACAGUUUCAGCCAAUCUCUUCCAGACAGACUGCUCCAGGGCCUCGAUAACGGAUCGCGACGGUGAGAUGUUCUUCCAGGUGCAUCCGACGGUGCGUCAACGCCGACUGGUGCCCAUACCCGCCGUGCUCUACCGCUCCGGCUUCACGGCUGGCUAUGAGCCCAAGCUGGAUGCCACUGUUGUCGCCUUCGGGCGCAUUCAGGAUACGGUGAGCACCAUCUAUGUGAUGCCGGGACAACAGAGCUCGGUGGUGCCCACGGACAAUUUGGAUCGCCUGGAGCGCAAUCUGGUGGAGAUGGCCUUUGGCCAGGAUAAUGCGUGGAGCAGCCUGAUGACCUCGCUAAUGGAUCGGCCCGGCAUGGAGGUGCAACUGCCACGUUUCUCGCAUCGCUCGUUUGUCAAUGCCUCGCUGGGACUGCAGAAGAUGGGCCUCAAGGGACUCUUCAAAUCGGACUUUGCUGACUUGCGCGGCCUGACCGGCAACGGUAAUCGCGACAUCUUCCUCUCCGACAUGAUACAGAUCAAUACGUUCAGCACUUGCGGCGAGGAGAAGAUCUCCGACCAUCAUCAUGUGGAAAUGUACCCAGCACCGCCUCUACGCAAACGCAACAAGGAUGUGGAUGCAACGGACGACGAUGCCUACGAUUCGUCGGAGGCAAUCGUGGACUUUGGUUCAUUGGUGCAGGAAUCGGCAUUGGGCCGUGGCUUCUACGAUGACUUACUCGAUCCCAAGUACUUGGAGCUGCCUCUACCGUUGCGUCCGCGUCAGGCGCGCGUGCCCGAUGCGCCCAGACUGCGCUUCGAUAAGCCCUUCCUCUACUUUGUGCGCCACAAUCCAACGGGAAUGAUACUCUUCAUGGGUCGCUUCAAUCCACGUCUGCUGCCAUGAACAAAUCAAAUAACCAAUUUCCCCCUAACCCCAGCCAGCCUUAAGUAAGCCAAAAUACAGAUAAU